AUGGAUCUUAACGAAAAUCAUAAUAUUCAAGACGAAAUAAACGAAACUAUGAAUUCUUUAACCAACGACGGUAGUUACACAAUCAAUGGACUAUUAAGUACUUUUGCUAGCAUGCAAAAUGAAGACGACGAACCAGAAAAAUACGAAUACGCAGAAUCUGUUCAGAGUUACAACUCAAACGAAGAUGAUGCAGGAAAUUCAGGCAUUUCAUGUUCUAAGAGGAAGCAAAGAAGAUACAGGACAACUUUUACAAACUAUCAACUAGAGGAGCUCGAAAGGGCGUUUCAUAAAACCCACUAUCCAGAUGUAUUUUUCCGCGAAGAAUUGGCCUUGAGAAUUGAUCUAACCGAAGCUAGAGUUCAAGUUUGGUUCCAAAAUAGAAGGGCUAAAUGGAGAAAGCAGGAAAAAACAUUAAAUAAGAAUUCAAACAUGCAAAAUUCUAACACUGGCAUCCCCAUUAGCUUACAGGCUUGUUCAACAUCUCUGGAUAAUCCACUUCUGAAUUUUACCAAUAACGAACCUAGUGGCACUUCAAAUGUUUUCUUGGGACUAGAAUGGCCACUGUCAUUCUCUAGUUCUUCAACACUGUCAAAUACCAUAGACCAAUCAACAAAUACCAAUCAAGAUUGCUCAAUAGAGAACCAAAUUAAUGAAACUAUGCUAAUCGCUGAUAGUAUAACAAAUUCAAUACAACCAAAUAUUAUGGAAGAAAAUAUUUUUCUUAGUGGUGAAACGGAUGAUGAAAAUUUAACUUUAAUGGCUUCUAAUGAUAACGAUAUUUCCAUCGAUCCUGAUUUGUUGACAUUGAAACCACCACGGAAUCAGUUAACACAAGAUGACCACUAGUACACUAAACAUAAUUUCUAAAUAUAUUAUCGACAUAA